AUGCUUUCCUUCUUUCGCAAGUCCUCCUCCAAGUCCCCAUCCAUCAUGACCGGACCCAACACAUCCGAAACGACCCUAGUCUCCACCCCCCUCUCCACCACCAACUCUUCUUCCAAGUCCAACAACUCUUUUAUGAGUGAACCGGGCAAGUUCACCCCAACACAACCUUUCCUCGGCUCGAACAACAAGUCUGUUGUUCAAGAACGUCUUGGCACUGCCCAGAGUAUGUUUUCAGCUUCUCAGUCCCAACGUCUGUCAGCGUCGGAGAAACUGGAACAAGUGUUCACCCCAACCUCUCUAAUGAUGGGUGCGGGAGGAUUCGUUGUUCGUUUUGGUAAACAGGAAAUAGUUAGUCGAUAG